AGAAAAUACUGAAUUGGAGUCGGGCGUAAUUACCAUCGCCGGCUCUCGCUGGCUGAAGUCCUUUCCAUCUCCAGUUGCCACCUAAUCAUCUUUAUUAGCCUUUACCCUUACCCAUACCCACACACAAAAGGAAGAAAAAGAAAUCUCUGGGUGGUCUUUCUCUGGGUUUUGUAAAUCUACCCAGUAACGCGAAAUACCAUAACAAAUCAUUAUCGUUAUCGCGACAGCAACCACCGCAGCACAAAACCAAGGCCAAUUCCUGCCAAUCAAAUCGACCAGGGAAGCUUCAAUACUUUUGAGGAAGACGAAAAAGAAUCGGAGAUAAGUGGAGAAGAAAUUUCGACGUAUAAAUGGCGAAUCUGUACGUGAAGGCGGUGCCACCGGCGGAUCUGAAUCGAAACACAGAGUGGUUCAUGUACCCGGGGGUGUGGACCACCUACAUACUCAUUCUCUUCUUCUCCUGGCUGCUCGUCCUCUCUAUCGUCGGUUGCUCUCCUGGCAUGGCCUGGACCAUCGUCAAUCUCGCGCAUUUUCUCGUAACUUAUCAUUUCUUUCACUGGAAGAAAGGAACCCCGUUUGCUGAUGACCAGGGAAUCUAUAAUGGCUUGACUUGGUGGGAACAGAUAGAUAACGGACAGCAACUUACACGGAAUAGAAAAUUUCUAACUGUUGUACCUGUGGUGCUAUACUUAAUAGCCUCGCAUACAACUGAUUACCAACACCCAAUGCUCUUCUUCAAUACUCUUGCGGUUAUUGUGCUUGUUGUUGCCAAGUUCCCUAACAUGCACAAGGUCCGAAUAUUUGGAAUCAAUGCUGAUAAGUGAGCUGGCUUGGGUUGAAAAAUAAGGUCUUGCCUGCUUUAAACCCACUGAUCCUUCCAUUCUGCUUAUAAAAGUUGAAUCUGUGUAUAGUAGUAGUCAGAAGUCCAAGGAUCUCUGAAUCUGUAAUGUUUUUGGGCCAACUGUUUUUAGGGGUGAUCUUAGUUAAUGAAGCAUUAAGUAAUAAGCGUGUGUUGAGUUACUCUGUACAGUAGGAGAAAUUCCAUAUUGUAUCUGGAAACGGGAAUAUUACUAGUGGCUGUUAUUAGGUUAUUCCAUGUUCUGACUGGAUCAUCUCCUCUCUUAAAAUAUAUAUAUAUUUUUGGAACA